AUGGCGUCGAACAUUUUAUUCAAAUCAUUUCAAGAAGGAGAUGAUAUUAACUGCUUCUUGGAAAGAAUGGAGCAACACUUCACGGCAAACGACAUUGACAAGGUAAAACAAUUACCUACAUUACUUAUAUCGUUACAUCAAGAUGUGUAUAAAAUUUUGAAAAGCAUGGUGCAUCCAUCUUUGCCAAAGGAAAAAAGUUAUAAAGAAAUCGAGGAAGCGUUAAAGUUAAGAUUCCAACCAAGAGUGUCACAUUUUCGAAAAAGAAUAAGAUUCUACAGCUUACGGCAAGCGGAAGGAGAAUCAGCAUCAAAAUGGUUUACAAGAGUAAAGGAAGCUGCAACGGAAUGCAACUUUGAAAAGAAUAUUGAAGAAAAUGUAAAGGAUAAAUUCGUUACGGGGCUGAGACCAGGACCCAUACAAGACAGGUUAUGUGAGGAGACAAUAACAAGAAAUAUCAAGGAAUUAUUGGAUAUAGCCUUAAACAAAGAGUCAGCUUAUCAAGAAAAUAAGGAGUUGGUAAUUGUUAAUAAAAUUUCUAGUAAAUCCAAUAAGAAACAAGAUUGUUCACAGGUAUAUAAUAAACAAAAGAGCGACAGGAAAGCUCAGGAUAUUUUAAAAUGUAUACAUUGUGGAAAACCUAACCAUUCAUUUGCUAAAUGUAAGUACAAAACCUAUAAAUGUAAAAUUUGUAAUAAAAUUGGGCAUCUAGCUAUAGUAUGUAAAAAUAAGCCCACAAAUAGUAUAGACAUUAGGGAAGAACAAGUAGAUAUGUUUAUGAUGGUACCAAUAACAGAUGUUAAUCAUAUUUCUCCAUUUAUGGUAAAGUGUUAUGUAAAUUCAAUCCCUUUAAACAUGGAAUUGGAUACAGGUGCAGCCGUUUCCUGUAUACCAAAAAGAAUUUAUAGUGAGAAAUUUAGUAAUGUUAAAUUAGAAGGAACUCCAUUAGUAUUGAAAACUUAUAGUGGUGAAAUAGUAAAGCCUGUUGGUAAAAUUUCAGUUGCAUUGCAAGUCAAUGAAAGAAAAUGUAAUUGUUCUUUGUUAGUGGUAGAAAAUGGGUGUAGAAAUCUUUUUGGUCGGGAUUUAAUGAAUAUAUUAAACAUAAAUUUGAAAGAGUUAACAGAUUUGAAUUCAAUAGAUUCACUAAAUUUAGAAAAUAUUUUGCAGGAAUAUUCAGAUGUUUUUAAAAAUGAGCUGGGUGUUAUUAAAGGUGAAAAGAUUCAUUUAGAAUUAAAAGAGAAUACAGAACCUAUUUUUAUGAAGCCUAGACCCAUUCCUUUUUCUUUUAAAGAUAAAGUAGAGCAUGAGUUAACAAAGUUAGAGAACGAAGGAGUUAUUACCAAGGUGGAUAAUUCAGAUUGGGGAACAUCUUUAGUACCGGUUAUUAAGGAGAAUGGUCAAUUAAGAUUAUGUGCUAAUUAUAAAGUGACUGUUAACAAAUAUUUAAAAGAUGUAAAUCACCCAAUACCUAGAAUUGAAGAAAUAUUUACAGCUCUGCAGGGAGGUCAGAAUUAUAGUAGAUUAGAUCUUCGAAAUGCUUUUAAUCAUUUAAUAUUAGAUGAAGCUACAGGAAAACUGUUAGCUUGGUCUACAUCAAAAGGUAUUUAUAAAUUAAAUAGAUUACCGUAUGGUACUAAGCCAGCUAGUGCUAUAUUUCAAUCAAAACUUGAGAAAAUUUUGCUAGGAGCUAAAGGGGUAGUCAAUUUUAUUGAUGAUGUAGUGGUUACGGGUGUCAAUGACCUUGAGCAUCUUCAGAAUUUAAGAGAGGUUUUAAAACGUUUUAAGGAUGCAGGCAUAAGACUUAACAAAAACAAAUGUAUAUUUUUUCAAAAGGAGAUAAGGAAUAAGCCCUUAAGAUUAGCAUGUGACGCAUCAAAUAAUGGUAUAGGUGCUGUAUUAAGUCACAUUAUGUCAGAUGGUUCAGAGAGACCUAUUACUUUUAUAUCUAGAGUGUAUACAAAAGCAGAGAGAGGAUACUCAAUGAUACAUAAAGAAGCAUUAGCUUUAUAUUGGGCAGUCAGUAAGUUGUAUCAGUAUUUGAUAGGAACUAAGUUUGAGUUAUUGUCAGACCAUAAGCCUUUAAAAGCUUUAUUUGGUGAGCACAAAAGUUUGCCACAAAUGGCAGCAGGUAGAUUACAAAGGUGGUCAUUAUUUUUGUCUGGGUUUGAUUAUACAUUAAAUCACAUUAAAGGUACAGAAAAUGUAAAUGCAGACUGUAUGUCUAGAUUACCAUUACCUGUCACAGAUAACAUGUAUUAUAAAGAAUAUGAUUAUAUUAAUUUUGUAGAAGAUCAAAAUGUAAUUGAUGUUAAUAGAAUAAGAUCUGAAACGCGAAGGGAUCCUAUUCUUAGUUCGGUAUUUAAUAUGAUAAGAUAUGGUUUUUCAAAUAAUGUAAGUGAUGUUUUCAAGCCAUUUUUACAGAGGAAAGACGAGUUAUAUAUUGAAAAAGGAGUAAUCAUGUGGGGUUAUAGAGUUAUAAUUCCAAAAAAAUUACAGAAUUUGUUAUUAAAAGAGUUACAUUCGACACAUGAAGGUAUUGUAAGGAUGAAAUCUAAUGCUAGGUCAUAUUUUUGGUGGCCAAAAGUGGACCAGAUGAUUGAAAGUUAUGUAAAAAAUUGUAACAUAUGUAUGUCGAUGCGUCCAGAACCACCAAAAUCUAAUAUUAUUUCAUGGCCAAAAACAAAUAGUCCAUAUGAGAGAGUACAUGCAGACUUUUUAGGUCCAUUUAAAGGUAGAAACAUUUUACUAAUUGUUGAUACAUAUUCAAAGUGGCCAGAGGCAUUUAUUAUGGAAAGUACUGAUUCUAAAUAUACAAUAGAAAAGUUUAGAGAAUGUUUUGCACGGUACGGUUUACCAAAAAUUUUAGUUACUGAUAAUGCAAGUGUAUUUGUAUCAAGAGAUUUUUCUGAAUUUUUAUAG